AUGGUCUCCCUCCUCGUCACGGUCUUCAUAAUUCAACUGGUCUGCCACCUCGUCCUCACCAUCGGGUCCAAACCCAUCAACGACCUAUCGUCUGCGGACAUGCAAGAACAGACGCGCCUGCGCCGCGAGGUACUGCGGCUGAAACGAGAGAUGAACGCGAUCAGCGCGCAGGACGAGUUUUCCAAGUGGGCCAAGCUGAGGCGGCAGCAUGACAAGGCCAUGGAGCAGCAUGACAAGAAAGCCGCCGCAGUUUCUUCCUCCCGCUCCUCCUUCGACACCAAAGCCACGGCGAUCCGGUGGACGUGCACCAGCGGCCUGCGCCUGGCGCUACAGUUCUGGCACGCAAAGACGCCCGUCUUCACCUACCCGCGCGGCUGGUUUCCGUGGUAUAUCGAGUGGCUGCUCGGGUUCCCAAGGUGCCCCUACGGAGGCGUGAGCAUCAACGUGUGGAGCACGGCCUGCGCGACCGUCAUCGCGCUGGUCUGGGAUGUCCUGGUCUACCUGAUACAGAGCGCGCAGCGAGGACAAACGGGCACGGGAAAACAGCAGCAGCAGAAGAAGAAGCUCGUGCUGAGCGUGACGGUAAUGAUGAAGAUACCUACUCCUCGUCAAGGGCUAAAGCCAGUAUUGGCGACGGCCCUCGCGCAAACAAACAAAGGGCCGUCUCUCCGACCAAGGCGCGAACUGAGCUUUCUGGUCACAUCAUCUUCACCAUCUUCGCCACGGCAUCCCGUUCGUCGCCAUCUGCCUGAGUUGAUACCCAUACCAAUUCCCAUUCCACAAACCACACCAACGUUCCCAUCGUCGGGCCUGUCCCAUGCGCAGCGGCGCCAUGCCUCGACCAAACCGGAGCCGGAAGCAGAACUCAAACGUACGCCUCUGUACGACCUGCACGUUUCGCUCGGGGCCAAAAUGGUACCCUACGCUGCCUAUGCUAUGCCAGUCACAUACCCGGACCUCUCGCACAAGGACUCCCAUCUCUGGACACGCCAACACGCCAGUGUCUUUGACGUCUCCCACAUGGUGCAGCACAAGCUCUCCGGGGAACUCGCCGAGGAGUUUCUCAUGACAAUCACUCCAUCAGCCAUCAAUGAGAUAGAAAAGCACCGCUCGACUCUAUCUUGCCUUUUGAACGAGGAAGGAGGCAUCGUCGACGAUACAGUCAUCUCAAGGAUUGGUAAAGAUAGCUUUUACUUUGUGACGAACGCAGGCUGUCGAGAGAAAGACAUUGCCUAUCUCGAUCAGCAUAUAACCAAGUUUCUCAAGGCAAAGGCUGCAUCAGGAGAUAAGAUCAAUUGGCACGUCCUUGACCACCAUGCCCUUCUAGCACUUCAAGGCCCCGAGUCUGCAAGCUUGCUCCAGUCGCUUAUAUUUAAUGACACGGACGACGACAGUCUCGACACGUCACUGGAUACACUAUACUUCGGGUCAAGUCGAUGGUUGCAACUGACCCUACCUGACUCCGGGAUGAACACUCCCUCUCUCCUCAUUAGCCGCACUGGAUAUACAGGAGAGGAUGGCUUUGAAAUUUCGAUCCCGCCCGAAAACGGAGACGCAACCGAACUGGCAACGAACAUAGCCAAAGCUCUCACCGCCGACAGCUCCAAAGUCCGCUGGGCGGGGCUGGGUGCGCGUGACUCGCUCCGCCUAGAGGCAGGGAUGUGUCUCUACGGGCAUGACCUAGAUGAGAAGAUCACGCCGCCAAUGGCGGCUUUGGGUUGGUUGGUCGGCAAAUCUCGCCGGGUCGACAACCCUAUACCAGCCUUUAAUGGCCAUCACAUUAUCAACAAGCAGCUCGCGUCGCCAAAGACCAUGCCUGAGCGACGAGUUGGCCUCCUCAUCGAAAAGGGUCCCGCUGCCCGCGAAGGAGCAGAAAUCGUCGAUCCGGAAAACAACAAUCAGGUCAUUGGUCACAUCACCUCUGGUUCUCCCAGCCCCACCCUCGACGGACAAAACAUUGCCAUGGGGUAUAUUAAAAAUGGAUUCCACAAAAGGGGGACUCCGGUCGGUGUCAGAGUUCGAAAGAAUGUGAGGAAAGCGGAGGUCGCUAAAAUGCCAUUUGUGCCAAACAAGUUUUACUCUCGACCCUCGUGA